AUGGAGCCAACUGAGUCCGAUGCCUUCGAGGUUCCUAAGCCGCCAGAGACCGAUGACCCAGAGGAGGUCGAGGAGCCAGAGAAGAAGAGGCCUGCCCUUCCUUCUUGGGCGGUCCUCCCAUGGCUGGCGCUGCUGGGCGGUUUGCUCCUGGUGCCGCUUUCCAUCGGUGCAGAGGUCGCUGCAGAGCUACGUGUGGAGACCUCCGGCCUCGUCAGAGCGGCCGGUGGAGGCACUGCCGCAGCGGCAGGGGCAACAACCCAAAGCACCCUCCAAGAGUUGCAGACGCUGCCGGAGGCAGACUUACGUCGCAUUCGAGACUGCAGCUUCGUGCAUCACGGCACUUUCCAUCGACUCCGGGUGGCCAGUCUCGUCCGCACCCGGACAGAUGUUACAAUUGUCGCCCCGGACCGGGCCACGCUUCAAAUAGGCGCGCAGCGCGUGAUCUUCUCCCGGCCCUUCGCAGGGCCCCAGGAGGCACUGGUUUCCGGGCAGGUAGAGCCGGAUCCGUCGAAUGAUGGAAGGCUGAUAUCAUGGCUGCGGAAAAUACCAGCCUUGCAUCCAGCUGCCUUGCUCCUGAGGGCAGGAGGCGCUUCGGUUGGCGAGAUCCAGCCCAACCUCCUUGGCAAUCUGCGCAGAGGUUUACUGUUAAUGCACCGCUCGAUGAGCAGCGUUGCUGCGGUGAGAAGAGCGCUCUGUUUCUGGCUUCUGGCCAGCUUAGCGAGGGCUUCCGGGCCCCUCGACCUUUGGGUUCUCUGGACAGAUCGGGAUGGGGCAGACUUCUUUUUCACUUCCAGCACUUGCGCAACUGUUACUCUGCCCGAUGUGAGCAUUGCUGGGAAUGAGCCGGCCCCCCCGCCUGCGAAUGGCGGGAUUAGUGACAUGCUGUUCUUCGCGGACACGUUCGAGUUCGUUUUUCUGGAGGGUGGCAAACUGGUCCGGGCCUGGAUGGACAAGACGGGCCGAUCAGAACUCGGGUUUUUGCCGGGGGACGCUGCUGGGCCCGUGUGGAAUGCAACGGGGACCGGCCCGAACCUCGGCGAGGAGGGAGCCCUGGCUUGGACUCAGGAUGCUGGUAUGGCCAUGGUCUUCUUCGCAUCCUCCUUGACAAACAAGCUCUGGGUUUCGAACCUGAGCUCCGUGCCACCCCGAGACUCUUCCCACUUAGGCCCAUGGAUGGAGGUGCUGGAGGGUAGCCAGGCCACAAGUGCCAGGCCUCAAGUGCCAGUGUUGUUGGCCAGGGACGGUAUGGUACUCUGGAGCGACACCCUGGUGCUGAGAACUUGGAGUGCCGUGGAUGCUUUGGAGGCCGCGGCAGUCGGUGGCCAGUCGGCCGGUUCGGCUGUGGCCCAGCUUGGUGUUGGUGCGGAUGCAUGGGGCGAGCUCUUGGUGGCAGAAGCAACUCACGAUGGAGGCCUGCUUUGGAUUCGACAGGUGGGCAACAGCCCACCGCAACUUGAGUAUGUGCUGCAGCUUGAAUCUUUGAUCGAUGGGCCCAAUGCAAACGCGGCCACUGGAAAUGUGCGUUUUCUCCAUGAUUUCUCCGAGGGCGACGUGCCUUCUGCCAUUGCGGUGCCCCCUAGCCCUGGGCCAGGGCUGCCAUACCUGGGAAAUCUCACGGAGCUGUUCCAGCAGGUAUACUUUUCCAUCCUCGGGCCGGCAAUGCAAGCUCGUCUUGACCACUUGGAUCUUGGCACCGGUGUGGUCACGACGGUUGCCUUCGCCGGCGGGAUCGAGCGGCGUGGAGCAGACCCAGCCCGGCCUGGUGCACUGAGUAUCUAUCCCAUGCCGGAAGUGUGCGUCAAUGUCGGCUGCCUCUACCUCGAGAAUGCUUUCAGCCACUGCGAGAAGUGCACCACGACAGUUUGCGACACCUGCUUCCUGGACACACAGGACUGGCUGAUCAAGGAGUGGUAUCCUCAGCACACGAUUUGGACGAGCUGCGUCUGGCUCUGGCCCAUCGAUCAGGCCGCCUGGGUGGUCCGGACGCAGGUGCAGCAGGCGAAGGAAGAUGGGCUUCUACCGGAUGACUUCAUCGUCAAGGAUCCCCCAGCCGGGUGUCCAUCAUGCGGACGUUGGCCCCCAUGUGAAGGGCGCCAUGCCAAACAAGAAAGUUUUGAGCAGAGCCCUGCAUGCAUGUCGCAAUUCCUGACUCUUCCGAUCCAGCCAGGGCCAACUCAAACUUGGGCACAGUGUGAAUGCUGUAUCGCAAAUGCCACAUGUUUCUGGACUAUCGGUGGCAGUUUUCUGGAGCGGAAUAUGAGAAAGAGUGCUAAUGAGCCAAUGCCGCGGCUGGGCCUUGCAGGAGUUGCCACCAACACCAGGUGA